GCCCUUUUUCCUGCGAACGAACCCUUGAAUUUAUGUCCGCUUUGAGCAAGGAUUUGAGCGCUUUGAUCAUUUUUAUUCUCUCGGUCUCAUUCAAUAAUUAAGUCUUAUGUAGCUAUAGCAGCAGCUUUUAAUUUGAUAAUGUGAUCACUUAAUCUCAGUGGCCUCAGGGCUCGCCCAUUUCCAUUCUCAGACGGUGUUUACAUCCAGCGCCAUCUGCCGCCAUGGCGAGUGCCGGCAUGAAGCGCCACAUCGCGCUGGCGGCUGCCGGCUCCGACGGCAGCUCGCCGACGCCGCGGCUCGCGGUGCGUCGCGCCGGUCGCGCCGACCGCUCCAGCAUCGAGAGCCUCGAGUGGGACGAGAAGUGGGCUCAGAACAUCUACGGCUUCUCCAAGCUGGAGCCGCUGCUGGAGCACGCGGCUCUCUCGCUGGUGGCCGUCGACGAGUUGGGCGCCGUGCAGGGGUUCGCCGUGUUCGACGGCCAGCCCACCGAGACGCUGCUGCGCGGCAAACCGUGGCGCGGCUGGCUGCGCAACUGCUCGCCGCUGCUCGGCCCGGCGCCGCUCAGCAUCGCCACGGUCCUGUUCCAGACGCGACUGGUGUGCGCCCGGCCGGCCCUCGAGCACGUGGAGAUGGCCCUCCUCACGUGGCUAUUUGCCUCCGUGCCAGACCUGGAGCGUGUCUUUCACGUGGCACGCUGUCAGCUGAGCGAUGUGCACGGGCUUGAGGAGAUCGGUUUUCGACCGAUAUCGUCGCUGAAUAACCCGGAGCUAGUGCUGGAAGCUGACCGACGCCGCUUCGUUCCGCGCCUCGCCACCAGACCGGCGCGGCUCGAGGACCACGACGAUCUGCGACCCAUGUUUGAUGUUGACGAGGAGCGACUUAAGGAGAAGUUUGGAGAGUAUUUUCUGGCUGAGGUGAUUGCUGACGAGCGCGAGUCAUCCUACUCAGCGGUGGUUGAAGUAGACAAGUUGGCUGUGGGGCUGAUGAGUGUGACUACUGAGGUGGAUCUGGACACACUGAAUGCCAAUUUCGAGCUGGCACCUUUUCAUGGCCUGCGUAAGCCCGACCCGGACGAUGUGACCGGCUUCAGGGUGAAACUUAGUGAAGAGGUGCUCGGCGUACGUCCGUCUGCUCUCCGUUCUCGUGAAUUUUCUGAGAAGCAAAUGGCAAGUGAUUCAGCGAAAUCCAUAAAUGAGGGCAGAGAAGAGAAGGAAACUGGAGCUGAAACUGAUCAAGAAGCUGCCGACGGGAAACAGUCUACUACUGGGGCCGAUGCGAAAGUCAGCCAAAUAGCCGCCACAAAAAGGGAAACUUCUGCUGAUGUUGCCACAGCCGCGUCGGGCUCUUCGAUCCGGAGUAUCGUCGGCGUCUCGGAGACAACCGACGAGCCGCCCGUCGAGCGAGAGGUUCCGAUGCUGGAACAGCUGUGGGGUCCGGCGAUCUUCGAGCCGGGGUUCGGCCUACCCGAGGUAGACGAGGCGCCGAUCCCCAACGAUACAGAGCCGGACGACACGCGGCCCGUGCUCGAGCUGAUCUGGGGCUUCCCCGUGUCCGCGGACGGCACCGUCACACGUCAGGUGAGCUGCGUGCACCCCGGCGUCGGUGCCGAGCCGGCCACCGGGCCGACUCCUGAACCCCGCCCGGUGCCAGAGUACCACGGCGAGCCGAACGCCGCUGCCGUGACUCUGUUCUGUAUCCGUGAUGAGUAUGCGUGCCGCUCCAUCGACCUUCUGCCAGCCGUGCUGGAUCGCAUGCGCGACGUGGAUUACUUGGUGAUGACGGUGCCGGCCGACGCGCCCGAGACACCUUUGAUGGAGCUCUUCACGCGAGUGCCGCACCGCGCCACCUCGACGUUUCCUGACCAGCUGUUCGUGUUCCACCGCGCCUCGCUGGUGACUGAUUUUACUGUGACGAGUGCCAAGAGCGCCGACCUGGGUGCCAUCCGCACUCUGGUGAAGCAUACAGAGAGCGCUGAGAGUCUGAUGCUGACGGUGCGGGAGAUGUUCCUCAGCGGAACGGCGCAUAGCUCGGUGCUGGUGGUGCGCUGUCAGGACCAGGUGGUGGGGGUGAUUGUGCUGAAACCCGAGAUGGAAGUCGAGUACCUUCGCUCACACUUUGAGAUCGAGGAGUACGUGACGUGCGAGCAUCACGAUAAUGGAUUCGGUCACCUGUAUCACAUGGUGUUGAACCCAAUCUUCCGCCGGUUUGCUCGUGUCGUCCUCGGUGAAGUGAUGCGCCUGACUGGUCUCUCCGUCCUGCUCUACCCACUCUUCCCACCUGGUUCGGAGGACGUCGAGGGUCACAGUCUGGCCUCGUCUCUCGAGGCGCUGAGUCCGGUGACGUGGCGUCGUCAGAUCCAGUAUCCUCUAUCUCACGGUUCCCUCGGCGUCAACAUACCCAAGCCGCACAUCCUGCAGCAUCGGGACCCGCUGGCGCUCCAGCUUGCCUCCCGUUCCACCGUCCUUCGACGUCGCCGGCGGGUCAACAGUCGGAUCGUGGUAGUGGGCGGUGGUGACGCCGGUCUGGCCAUCCUCGAGCGGCUCGCCUUCUCACGGCAGCUUCUGUUCACCAACGUCACGCUCGUAGAUCCUCACGGUUUCCCGGACGGCGGCGGGGACGAGCUGGCCGCGGCCAUGAGGACCUCGACGGAGGAGUUCACUCCGGAGCGUCUGGGAACCAUGUGGCUGCACGUCUGGGUGAACCUGGUGCGAGGGGUGAUGGUGGCCAUUGACAGGAAGCACAAGCUGAUCCGAGUCGCUGAGGUGGGUGACAUCCCGUACGACCACCUUCUGCUGACGUGCGGCCUGCAAUACCAGCUACCGACUCGACUGGUGCCUCGGCCGUCCCGGCCCUUCUCCGACCGUCGGCCUCUUCAUCCUCCGGUUCUGCUGCCGGAGGCGCCUGAGAACGUGUUCCGCGUGAACUCGCAGUAUGACGCAGAGAGGGCGCUCGACUACGUCAGGGCCUAUUGUCUGGAACGGAACGAGAAUGUGAUCGUGUACGGCGGCUACCUGGAGACCCUGACCUGUCUGGAGACGCUGCUGCGACUGCCGGUGCCGCCUCACAGACUGGUGCUGGUCCUGCCGCCUCUGGACGACCUCGGCGGCUGUACCCAGCUAUCACACGACCCAGAGGUAGACAAGGGUGUCUUCUUCCGUCUGCGUGCCGCCGAGAACGGCAUCCGCAUUCUGGAGGGCUACACGCUGGUGUGCUGGGACAUCAAGUACAACAACCGGGUGUACCGCAUCCAGCUGCGAGGCGGCGAGCUCCUGACGGGCGAGCGACACCUCUCCUGCUGCGGACUGUUUGUCUACGAUCACCGCGGCGUCGAGCUGGUGACGUUCAAGGCCCUCAACGACGCGUCACUGGUGUUUGACGGACGGCUGGUGAUCGAUCACCAGUUUGGCACCAAUGAUCCAGAUAUCAAGGCCGUAGGGACCAUGACAAAGUACUCGCGCAGAUACUACGCCGACCGGUUCGACCACUUUGAGUACAGCUCCCGUGAGGUUGGCCAUGCCCUGGGUGAUCAGAUUCUGCGUCUGUACGGCGCCGAUACGCAGCAGACCAAACGACUCACUACCAAGGAUCGGCGCAGGUCCUCUCUGGCUGGGGUGCCGCUACCGCCGGAGUUCCAGCAGCCCCGCGUCACCCGCGCUCGGCUGCCCGGCGGAUGGAACUACCUGCACGUGGUGGCACCGGAGCCACUGGCCGACCAGAAACCUCCCUGGGUGCUGACCACCGGCGACCCCGUCUACCUAUCAGCCACCGGCUACAUGCGGAUCGAGAUAAGCGAAUACAGGGUCGUGCAAAAGAUCACCUGUUUCUCCAAGAACGAUAUUGAAACGGACAACUUUAUCGCGCUGCACGGUCUGCACGAAGUGCUGCUUAACAACAUGGUGGCAAGAUAUGAGGAGGGUCUGAUCACCGACCUGUACACCUACUUCCGCGAUCCGUGGGCAAUGCUAGUGUUCCACGAUCGCUUCUCUGUGCUUCUUGAGGACAUCAGACGGGCCGUGCAGCGCUGUCUCUGCCGGGACGGAAAACUCACCCUCGAGGAAAAGAUCGUGGAUGACCUGUGCCGAUACAGCGAGCUCUCCCAGCCGGAGCUGAUCAAGAUUCUGGAGGACUUCCGAAGGGGAGGAGUGGACAAAAUGGUGGAGCGCUGGAUCCUCCAGUACCUGGCCAACAACCAGUACCACCUGCCCAUGUAUGCCCGCGAGGGAACCGCUGAGUCGCUCAAGAUCAGCAGGGAUGGCGUAGUGGAGUCGGUCAAUAACGCUCUGUCCGUCUCGCGCUAUGGCAGUGUCAACUGGUAGGUGGCAGCACGGUAGCAGCGGCAGAUGACGAUACUGUGCCAAACGCGAGUGAAGAUUAUGCCAAAUGGUCCAAAAUGAAAAGCGAUUUCUU